AUGUCCCUCACAAAGUCACACUUCACCACCACGGUCAUCCUGCUGCUCCUGGCUGACCAGACGACAGGUGGCUUGUUCGGAUUCCGCAUCAGCAAGAGGCCUUGGAUUCCAUGUGAACUUUACCACGGCGUAUGCAGAAAUUCCUGUGAGAGAUACGAGAUCCAAUACUUAACCUGCCCAAAGAACAGAAAAUGCUGCCUCAAAUUUCCUACAUCAAUUUCCAGUUUCUAA